GGGCUGGUGAGCGACUACGGGCGCACGCCGGGUAUCCGCGCCGCAGCCCGGCUCGGAGCGCGCGGCUGCAGGGGCGCGGGCGGCGCGCGCUCCGGGGAUGCCUUCCUGCGAGGCUCCGGCAGCGGGCCCCGGGGAGAUCUCCCGCAGGCAGCGGAGGGGCGGCGGGCCGGGGGACGACCAGGGAGCCCCUAACAAAGCAGCUUUGGGAGGGCUGGAGGCCUCCGCCUCCCUCGGCGAUAGGUCCGCUAAGCUGCCCGUCACCCCGCAUAGGUGGAGAUGGCCAAUGGCGUGCACAGACGGAGCUCGAGUUGGCGCGCGCGCGCGGCUCGGCAUCGGUGGGAUUGGUCGGAGGUUGUGGGGGACGCGGAAACGGAGACGCUGGCGGUAGAGCCUCGAGCGAAACCUUUCCCUACAAGAGGCCAGAGCUUCCUGCUGUCCUGAAGAGCUCUAGACUUCCCCGUUUACAACAAAGGCUAGGAUGUGUGUUCCACACACACGUUCGCCCCCAGGGCUGGGAAGGUCUGCGCUCCCGGGGUGAUCUUGUUGAAAACAAAAAGAAUUGCCCACGCUGUGGAAGAUAAACCUAAACUGGAAAAUUGAAAG